GAACGUUUGAAGCAACUCAACAGCUCGCGAUUUUUACGCUGCGAUCCUCACACUCACACAGCACGCGGAAUUUGAGUCUCAGCAUUUCUCAUAACAAACUCCUCCUUACAAACAUUCUCUCUCUCUCUCUCUCUCUCUGGGUUUCUUCUUCUACUUUCCUCGUUCAUCCUCAAGCUAGCAUUCGCUCAAUCUUCUCUCUGAAAAUCAUUCUUCAAUAACAAGAUGUACCGACAAUCUGAUUUGGAAUACUACCGGCGUAGAUAUUUCCUUGAGUUGAAAGAUGAUUAUCACAAACUCGAAGUCUCCGACUCAACUUUUAGGUGUCCGAUCUGUUUCAACAAGGACUAUUACUCUUUGACUGAGCUUCUCAGACAUGCAUCGAGGAUUGCUGCUGACUCGCAUGGUGAGACUGUGACAGAAAUUGCCAGGCACUCUGCUCUUGAAAGGUAUCUUCACUUCAAAAUUUCUGAUAAUAAGUCACAUGAUAUGAAUAUGAUGAAUGUUGAUACCGAUAUGUCACUUAAUGUGAGUAGUGGUGAGGGUAAGUCAUUUAAUGUGAAUGUUGCUGAUGAUAAGGCUCAGUCAGUUACUGAGAAUGCUGUUCAGGAUCGGUCACUUGCUAUGGUUAUUGCUAAGGAUAAGUCACCUGUUGUGAAUACUACUGCUGAAGAUGAGUUUGUCUGGCCUUGGAUGGUGGUUCUGGCAAACAAUGUUACCAAAUUUGACCCAAACUGUCGUAAGUAUAUAGGAAAGAGUCAUAAGAAAAUUAAGGAGGAGCUGUACGCCAGAGGGUUUCAACCGCUGAAAGUUACUGCACUAUGGAAUAUUAGAGGGCAAACCCCUUUUGUGAUUGUUGCAUUUGGAAAAGAAUGGGAUGGUUUCAACAAUGCUUUGCAGCUAGAAAGAAGCUUUGAAGCAGAACAGUGUGGUAAGAGAGAUUACGUGGGUUUAAAGGGGGAGCGAGGAGAUAAACUCUUUGGAUGGAUGGCACGUGCCGAUGAUUAUAAUUCCAGGGAUAUUGUGGGCAAAAACCUCCGCGAAAACGGGGAUUUGAAAACUGUUUCUGGAAAAGAAGCUGAGGAUAAUAGGAAAGCUUUGAAGCUUGUAUCUGGUUUGGCUAACACUCUAAAGCAGAAGAACAUGGAAUUGGAACAAACAGCAAGCAAGUAUGAUGAGGCUAGUGUGUUUCUAAACAGAGUGAUGAAUCAAAAAGAUGAGAUGCUUGAACACUUUAACAAAGAAAUAUGCAAGAUGCGGAAUGCCGAACGCAAUUAUUUGCAAAAUGUGUCCAAGGAUCAUGAAAAAGCCAUGCUGGAAUUGGAGGCUCGGAGAAAGGAACUUUCGUCCCGUGAAGAGAAUUUGCAGAAGCGUCAAGCAGAUAAUCAUAAUGAGAGAAAUAAGCUAUCUCUUGAAAAGAAAAACAAUGAGAUGGCCAUAGCAGAGCAACAAAAGGCUGACGACAAAAUGAUGCGUUUGGCUGAAGAACAUCAGAAAGAGAAAGACAAACUUCACAAGAAAAUCCAUGACCUAGAGAGAGGACUUGAUGCAAAGCAAGCAUUGGAAUUGGAAAUUGAACGGCUGAAAGGAGCUUUCCAUGUAAUGAACCACAUUGGAGAGACUGAUCUGGACGAGCAGAAAAAACUGGAGGCGAUCAAAAUAAAUCUGCGUGAAAAGGAAGAGCAACUGGAAGGGGUUGAAGAUCUUCAACAAACAUUGGUUAUUCAGGAGCGCAAAACUAAUGAUGAGUUGCAAGAUGCCCGCAAAAAAUUGAUCAGUUGGAUUGGCUGCCCGAAGAACACUUCUCGGGUCAUAAUUGCUGUGAAAAGGAUGGGGGACCUUGAUAUUAAGCCGUUUGAGGAGGCAUCCAAGAGAAAGUUUCCGGCUGAAGGGAACGGGAAAGCAGCUCAGAGAAAACUUGCCGAUGAAAGGAAAAUGAAAGCAAGUCAGUGGUGCUCACAGUGGGAUGGCUAUCUUAGAGAUCCAAGCUGGCAUCCAUUCAAAAUUGUAACUGAUAAAGAAGGGAAUUCCAAGGAGAUUUUAGAUGAAAAUGAUGAAAAACUGAAAAGUUUGAGGGAUGAACUCGGAGACGAGGUGCAUGAUGCAGUAGCUACAGCUCUGAAGGAAUUAAACGAAUACAAUCCUAGUGGCAGAUAUCCAGUACCGGAACUCUGGAAUUUUAGGGAAGGGAGGAAGGCUUCGCUGAAAGAGGGUGUUGCCCAUUUGAUGAGGCAAUGGAAGUUGUCAAAACAAAAGAAAGCUUGAGGCUUCAUGUGGGCAGUAAGACUUAAAUUAGACUUACAUGCAGAAAAACUUUACUGCGUACUAGAAAUCUAGAAUGGUCAUUUGUCUCCCUUAUUUAGUUGGGUUUAAAUAUUGCAUUGGUUCUGAACAUCUAUUUUCUCUAAUUUCAAAUA